CCCGCUCCGCCAUCAUGAAGUCCUGAACAAAAACGGAUGAGAGUCGAGGAAAAUGGGGGUAAAAACACGGACUAGAGUCAAAACCCACCGACUACGCUAAUGAAAUGUCAUAGCGCGGCGGAGAACGGAGCGGAGCGGCGGUUUUGAACGACUCGGUUUCCCGUUGAAAGCGGCCCCGGCAGCUCCUGGCGUUCCGUUAUUUAGCAGCCGCUAGAGCUGGUUUUCUGGUUUCCUCAGCGGCUGUCAGCGGUUAGCUGGCAGGCGUCAGUCUGACUGGCUGGGUCUGUGGUCUGUACUCAUGUCGAGUCGUAAACCCGUCCUAGCUGUUCUAUCUACCAGGAUGGAGCGGGCUUCGGCUAAAACCGUCGCUAGACAGAAUGAGGUCCUUUCGUGCUGAAUAGACACCAGAACCGAGGACAGGGAGCGGAGACCCAAUAUUUUCCUGCCAGGCCAGUCAGCUAGCUCCAGAGCUAGCUACAGUGGAUCCCAAAAGCCACGGCGCUGGCCAUGCCGUCGAGUGUGCGGGCCGGGAGCCUGAAGGACCCGGAGGUGGCUGAGUUGUUCUGCAGGGAGGAUCCUGAGAAGCUCUUCACAGACCUGAGGGAGAUCGGUCAUGGAAGCUUCGGAGCAGUCUACUUUGCCAAUGACAUCCGCACAAGUGAGGUGGUGGCAAUCAAGAAGAUGUCCUAUAGUGGCAAACAGUCCAAUGAGAAAUGGCAGGAUAUCAUCAAGGAAGUGAAGUUUCUCCAGAAACUGCGCCACCCCAACACGGUUGAGUACCGUGGCUGCUACCUGAGAGAGCACACAGCCUGGCUGGUGAUGGAGUACUGCUUGGGUUCAGCAUCUGACCUCCUAGAAGUCCAUAAGAAACCCCUCCAGGAAGUGGAAAUAGCUGCCAUAACCCAUGGUGCGCUGCAGGGACUGGUGUAUCUUCACUCUCACAACAUGAUUCACAGGGACGUGAAAGCAGGAAACAUCUUGCUAACAGAGCCGGGUCAGGUCAAACUGGGAGACUUUGGCUCUGCGUCUAUAGUUGCUCCGGCCAACUCCUUCGUUGGAACUCCUUACUGGAUGGCCCCUGAGGUGAUCCUCGCCAUGGACGAGGGGCAGUACGACGGGAAGGUGGAUGUGUGGUCACUUGGCAUUACCUGUAUAGAGCUGGCGGAAAGGAAGCCGCCUCUGUUCAACAUGAAUGCUAUGAGUGCCUUAUACCACAUCGCCCAGAACGAGAGCCCUGUGCUGCAGUCUGAUCACUGGUCGGAUUAUUUCCGCAAUUUUGUGGAUUCCUGUUUGCAAAAGAUCUCACAGGACAGACCUACCUCUGAUGUGCUGCUGAAGCACCAUUUCCUAUGCAGAGAGCGCCCCAUGACCGUGGUGAUGGACCUGAUUGCACGCACCAAGGAUGCUGUCCGUGAGCUAGACAACCUUCAGUACCGCAAGAUGAAGAAAAUCCUGUUUCAUGAGGCGCCCAACGGGCCAGUACCAGAAGGAGGCGAUGAGGAGGAGGACGUGGAGCAGUACAUGCUGCGUACCGGCACGGUCAACAGCAUGGAGAGCUCCCACUCUCUGCCGUCCAUGUCCAUCAGCGCCAGCUCCCAGAGCAGCUCGGUCAACAGCCUGGCAGACGGCUCCGACGACAGCGGGGAGAUGGCCAUGAUGCAGGAGGGAGAGCACACCGUCACCUCCAACAGCUCCAUUCUGCACAAACCCCUGAGCCAUGACAACAUCUACGACGAUCCAUAUCAGCCAGAAGUCGAGUCGCAGCGAGAAGCAUCCUCUGCUGGUGGGGGAGGAGGUGGUGGUGGGGGGAGACGCCGACGCAGAGAUCACUUCGCUACCAUCAGGACAGCCUCACUGGUGACGCGUCAGAUCCAGGAGCACGAACAGGGCUCGGCUCUCAGGGAGCAGAUGUCUGGGUACAAGCGGAUGAGGCGGCAGCACCAGAAGCAGCUGAUGGGCCUGGAGAACAAGCUGAAGGCAGAGAUGGACGAGCACCAGCUGAGACUGGACAAAGAGCUGGAGGGUCAGAGGAACAACUUCUCCAUGGAGAUAGAAAAGCUGUCCAAGAAGCACCAGGCUGUCCUGGAGAAGGAGACUAAGGCGGUCCUGACUGAGGAGAAGAAGUUCCAGCAGCACAUACUGGGUCAGCAGAAGAAGGAGCUGACGGGUCUGAUCGAUUCUCAGAAACGACAGUAUCGACAGCGAAAGGAGCAGCUCAAAGAGGAACUGAACGAGAACCAGUCCACACCGAAGCGGGAGAAGCAGGAGUGGCUGGUGCACCAGAAGGAAUGUCUGCAGCAGCUGCAGGCUGAGGAGGAGGCCGGCCUGCUGCGGAGGCAGAGGCAGUAUUAUGAGCUACAGUGUCGCCAGUACAAGAGGAAGAUGCUGCUGGCACGCCACAACCUGGAGCAGGACCUGCUCAGAGAGGAGCUGAACAAGAAGCAGACUCUGAAGGACCUGGAGUGUGCCAUGCUGCUGCGUCACCACGAGUCCACCCAGGAGCUGGAGUUCCGGCAGCUGGGUUUGGUCCAGCGCACGCGGGCCGACCUGAUCCGCACGCAACACCAGACGGAGCUCACCAACCAGAUGGAGUACAACAAGAGGCGUGAGCAGGAGUUGCGUCAGAAGCACGCCGUGGAGGUCCGCCAGCAGCCCAAGAGCCUGAAAUCCAAAGAGCUUCAGAUAAAGCGCCAGUUCCAGGACACCUGUAAGAUCCAAACCCGUCAGUACAAGGCCCUGCGGAACCACCUGCUGGAGAACACGCCCAAGUCGGACCACAAGGCCGUGCUGAAGCGUCUGAAGGAUGAGCAGACUCGUAAGCUGGCCAUCCUGGCAGAGCAGUACGACCACUCCAUCAACGACAUGCUGUCCACUCAGGCUCUGCGGUUGGAUGAGACUCAGGAAGCGGAGUACAAGGUGCUGCGGAUGCAACUGCAGCAGGAGCUGGAGCUUCUUAACGCCUACCAGAGCAAGAUAAAGAUCCACACGGACACGCAGCACGAGAGGGAGGUGAAGGACCUGGAGCAGAGGGUCUCCAUCCGCCGGGCCCUGCUGGAACAAAGGAUCGAGGAGGAGAUGCUCUCCCUGCAGAAUGAGCGCUCGGAGCGUAUCCGUACCCUGCUGGAGAGACAAGCCAGUGAGAUUGAGUCCUUUGACUCUGAGAGUCUCCGUCUAGGCUUCAGUAACAUGGCUCUGAUGGGCAUGCCAGGUGAUGCUUAUGCCAAGCAGGGCUUCCCCAACGCUCAGCCCUCCAGCUCCCGCUCUGUGGGCCACUGGAGCCAUGGUGUGCACCAGCAGAACCCGUCUUCGCAGCAGCUUCCCCGCCGCAGCCAUAACAGCAGCAGCAGCAGUGGAAUCAGCAGUGGGAUGGGAGACCGUAGGAGUGAGUCCUCUUCCUCCCACGGCUUGGGAUUGGUUCUGGGCCAUGGCCGGGAUGGGAGGGACAUGCACCAUUCAUCCCGUUCCUCUGCCUCCUCUUCCUCCUCCUCCUCUUCGUCUUCCUCCCAUCAUCAGCGCCACCACCUGCCCCAGCACUACCACCAUCAGAGCACGCCGCAGCUCUACCGAGAGCGGGAGAGGGAUCGAGAAAGGGAGCGGGAGAAGGAGAGAGAGCGGGAGUGGGCUGGAGUGCGAGGCUCUGGCGGAGACCUGGCCCACCCACACCCCCUGCCCUUCUCCCAUCACCUUCCCUCACGCUCCUCCUCACAGUCCCUGGCCAUGCUGCCUCCCCCACCCCCCGCUCCUCCCUCCAUCUCUGGCCCAUCCUCGUCAUCCUCCUCAUCCUCCUCCUCACAGGGUGGGAUAUAUGGAGGCGGAGGACUGGCCGUGCGAGGGACCCCCAACCUGAUGGCUCUGAGGAACAGCCCCCAGCCUCUUAGGAGGACGGCGUCGGGUGGUGGGCCCGGAGGCGCUGGAGGUAGCGACGGUGUUCUCAGCCGGAGCACCUCCGUCACUUCGCACAUCUCUAACGGCUCCCACUUGUCCUACUCUUAGAGAGGAGGCAACACAUCAAAAAUUGGGGGGGUCCAAAAAAUGGGUGGGGCUUAUUUUAGGAAGGUAGCUAUCACAGGCUUCACCUCAAUACUCUCGGCUUGCCACCUUUCCUAAUUUACUGAACCGAUUCCAACUUUGCUGAGAAUUAUUUAUGCACAAAAAAAAUUCAAAGAACCCAGAAGGUGGUCAAGCUGAUGUUAAUGAGCUGCAACCUGCAUCUUUAGACUCAGGGUGGGUGGAGAAGUUUUCUCCCAUUCUCACAGGUAGAAGUGUGGGAGGAAUGUAACCUCCUGCUGUAUUAACCCUGGACUAAGGUGUUGUUAGACAAACAAAACAAAACUGGAUGUUUCUGUUCAGUGUUUGACCUUUGUAUAAAAGUGAGCUAAGAUGUGUGAACGUGGCGACAUCUGGCCUUUAUUUCCUCCUAAAGCUGCAAACGUAAAGGACGGCAGCUGUGUCUUCUUCUAUGAUGUUCUUUGCUGGAAUGGAGAAAAAAGAGGGCAUGAGAGGAAAAAGGUUUUGUCCACACUGUGGUGUCCAGGUUGAGAGAGAGAGAGAGAGAGAGAGAGAGAGAGAGAGAGAGAGAGAGAGAGAGAGAGAGAGAGAGAGAGAGAGAGAGAGAGAAAGAGAGAGAGAGAGAGAGAGAAAAUAAACAAAAAAGUAAGAUUGGUUAUUCUAACUUCCAGCCUCCUGGAGUUUAGGUUUUUUUUAUUUUGUUUUUUUUUUUUAAACAAAUGCUGAUGAUCUUUUUUAUUCUUAAAUAAGCGUCUAAAACAACAAAAACAAGUUGCUUGAUACAUCACCAAUGCCUUCAGGAGGCUCUUAAGGGAUGUCGUGCCACCAGUCAUAAUCUCUGUUUUCAUUAUUAUUUAAAGACUAAAGGACGAUUUAAAACUAUUAAUCUGUCGAAUGUUUGUAAAGUAAAAAGACUCUUCUAAUGAAAUUCACCAAGGAUGAUGAGAAAUGACGUGUAUAAAUAUCUAAAAAGAGUAAAAGCAAAGGGGAGGGGUUCUGAGAUCGAUGACAUAUUGAAUAACAACAUAAUGUAUGUGUCCACAGCAAUCACCCCAGUGCAUGACAUAGAUGUACAAAACUUAAAAAUAAUAAAAAAUAUAUUGUAAACUUGACCAAACACAUUUUAAAAUGUACUGUACCUGUCGUAAGUUUCACUGGCAUUCAAGGAUGACUCGUCCCACGUUUUGGAUCUUUACUGUACAUUAAUUAUGGGCUUAUCAAAAACAAAUCAUUUGCUUUUAUAGAGUAACAAAGACAAUGAUAGUAAUUUUUAUAUAUUCUAAUGAGUUUUGCAGAGUUUUGCAGCAGCAAACUGCAUUUUCUAUAGGUGUCAAUAUUACCAUAAUUAAUCCUGGUGUUUAAUUGUUGUUGUAAUCAUGUUCACGGUUUUUUCUUGCAAAAAGCAAAAGGGCCCACAUUAACUGUAAAAGGAAAAAAAAGCUGAUCAAACUGUUGCAUUGUCAGGUGUGGUGUGUGUCUUCAAGAUAUUAAUUAUUAUUAAUAAGCGAUGGGUACUAACUGUUGAUGAUUUAUGUAUGUGUGUCCAGCGGUAAAGUCUUAAGUAGAUUGCAAUUUUUUUAGGCAGCAAGCUGAAUUUUAAGACACUCUUGCAGAGAGAACAACACUCCACUGCUCGUGUGAACUCCGACCUCUUCUAAUGGACUCUCACUGGGGGGAAAAAUGUCCACUGGAAUGUAAACACUGGUUUUUAUUGGUAUUUAUUUGUUUAUGAGUUCAGGACUUGCAGAUAAACUGCCGAAGGACAAAGCAUGCAGGCGGUGGAAAUGCGCAGCUGCAGAAGAAGAAAUGGCAGGACGGGCCUCGACUGAGCUGCUGUGAGCGCGUGGCCGCAGCAGCAGUGACCGCAGCAGCCUGUCCUAACCAAUCAGUGUUUCUGAGCCCCGUUUACCGGAUGGACGUCAGAUCAGAACUUUUUUUAUUUGUUAUUAUUAUAACUUCAACUUCAAAAAGAAGAGAUAAUCACCCUGCUGUUUGUAUGACUCAGAAACACCAGCUCAAGACAAUUCCCUGUAUACUGUACUACUGAAUGCUCGGUUGGAUUCUAGGUGCAUGCAUUAACUCCUCGUACAAGCUAAAAGAGUGUUUGGGACGGCCUUCGUGUGUGGAAAUCAGUGUGUGCUUGUGUUUUCUCCGUUGGUGUCGGAGUAGGAAGACCCAACAGGCUCCUCUGUGUUUGGCUGAGCUUUCUUUUUUAAAUUGAAUUUAUUUUUUGUGACGGUGCUGGUGGUGGUGGGAGGAUCAUCAGACAUUUACACCAAGCAGUCCCAGGCUUGAGGAGGGAAAGGAAGAUGGGUUCAUGUGUGUUAGAAAAAAAUGAUGGGGUGUUUUAAGAAGUAAUUUAAAAAGAUAAUAAAUUGAUAUUAACACAUUCA